AUGGAGGGCGAGCCCAAGUGCAUUCCCUCCCAGGGCAGCAGCGCGGGGGAGGAAGCCAAACAGGGGAAAAGGUUCGUGGCUCAGAAUUGCGGCAUCUACAUGAACAAAAUGAAAAACGCAGGAGUUGUGUGUAACAGAAUAACGGAGCUAAAUAUAAACUCAAGAAAACAAAUUUCCAUGACCAAGAGUGAUAGCUCACAAAUGAAAGACAUCCUGUCUCAUGGAAACGACAAGACACUUGAGAUACACCCAGCAAAGAGACCACUCACUUCGUAUUCCACCUAUGAAAACCAAAACAAGUACUUUGAAACAAAAUUAAUUCCAGAUCUGCAAGGAAAAAUGAGUAUAUGUGUGGGGAGAAAAAGUGGAAGUGCUACUGUUAAUAUUAGCAUUGAAGAAUAUGACCUCGGGAAAACUUAUAACACAUGGAAAAAAAUAUUUGAUAAAUCUUCUCUUCAAAAUAAAUCCAAUUUGGUCAACAAUGUUUUUCUUACUGUAAAUGAGGACGCUGAUAGGAGUGACAAACUUCCAAUUGUUAAAAAUAGGAACCCUCCUUAUGCCAAUCCUGAUGGACCAUUUGAAAAGGAACGAUUAAAUUUACCCAAGCAAGCGAGAGACAACCUAGACAGGACGCUGACUCCACUUGAUUGCGCGGACACAAAUUCUCUUUUUAACAAAAAAAAUUUCCACACCUAUCGGGACUCCUUUCUGCUCAUGCGUCCCCACGGGGAGACGCGUCUCGAUCAUGUCAAGGGCGUCAGGAGGACUCGCUUCCCCUGGGCACACUCCAACCGCCUCAAGCACAUACUCAGCUACAGCUACGCAGCGGGGGGGGACGCGAUGAGUGGUGAUGCGAUCAGCGGUGACGUGAUGAGCGGUGACGUGAUGAGCGGUGAUGUGGUCAGCGGUGAUGUGGUCCGCGGUGACGCCCCCCCCACUGCGCUUCCCCACUUCGGAUCGCACCACGUCAACAGCGACAGGGUAUACGCAGGGCAGGAGGGGGGAUGCUCCUCCCAAUGCCACACCCCACGUGAUCCAUCGGGGAACGUGUUCCACGAACAGGGUACCUGCUACAGAGCCCCCUCGCUCACCGAAAUUGAGUGA